AAUAAGUAACUUUUAAAAAAUAUAUAUUGAUGGAAAUGUGUAAUUACUCUUCAAUUUGCACCAGCUGCAGAGCAGCGCAGGUUUCAUAAAUCAAGCCUUUGCUUGUCGAUCAAACUGUUUUUCAGCUGGCCCUUAUUUUCUCGAAGGCUUGAGCUUUACUUCCAUCAUAAGCAGGUGCAAAGAUGGGAAACGCUUGUGCGACAUAAGCAAACGACAGAUUUGAGAUGCCAGUCGGUUGAAACACCACUGCAAAGGUAAAACAACACAACACAGAGACGACUACGAGUUGCUCUUGCAAAAGUUCUGAAGCACAGGUCAUCAAUAAUGGACUUUAAAGAUUGGAGUUGCUACAUUGGUUUCCUCAUAAUCAGCUCAAUUGCAGCUGUAGCAAACCUUGCUGAAACUAUCUUAGCUUUUUCAAAGAAAGGAAAGAGUGUUGUACGAUCAAAGCUCAUUCCAAGCCUUGGCAUCAUUGAUCUUCUGACAAGCACACUGCUGGUUGGAGUUGUUCUUGCAAGCUUCCUGCGCACACCCCAUGCGAAUGAAGGUGGUUCCAAUUUCUCGCAAGUGCCUGUAAUCAUCCUAAUUUUUAUCCAGCAAGGCCACGUCAUUGGCAUAACCUGGGAAAGGCAUUAUGCCACAAAAUACCCUUUCAAAUUCAAAAUUUUAACCGAAAAAAUCACCUGGCUGAAAGUGUUCUGCAUGUUAUGGGUUGCCCCCAGCGUUCUAGGCGUACUCCUAGUAAUCGUCAAUUUUUGGAUAUUACCCAGUGUAAGCCUGACAAUUUACAUCGGAUUGGCAUUCGGCGCUACGUCCAUCUAUCUUUUGGUUGCAUAUUACAGAAUCGUCAAAAUAAAGAAUGCAAUUGGUAGAAGGCCUGACAUUAGAAAUGAACCAGGUGCCAGUCAGUUCGCCAACCCGAUACCUUCACAACAACGUCAACAUGAAAAACGUCUCGUCAUCACCUGCAUUGCCAUUUCAGUCACAUAUUGCAUCCUAUCCCUGCCGGCGAUAGUAAUCUCAAUUACUUUAACAGAUGCAAAAAUCACUUGUUCCAGUUUUUCUGGAUGGAUGACUAACAUAGCAGCUAUUAUGUUCGCAUUAAAUCUGCUAUGCGAUCCAUUGUUUUAUUUUUGGUUUGCCUUUUACAAAGUGAAACUCCAAGCAACGCCUGUGGUAAAUAUUGGGAUUUUUACCCUGCAAAAUGGGGCAGCUAAUACUCUCGAUGAUAUUCAACUGCAAUCGUCAUCUAUUUAACUGGGAACGCGGCACGGACGGAUUCACCACAGGAUGUUGGGGGUGCGACACCAAAGUCCAAUCAUUAUCCAACACCCUCCCCCCAAAUCCUUUCCGCUUAAAUCCGUCUCUGCUGUCGCUUGAAAUAAAAAACAAGUAGUAGAGUUGAUAAAAAGACAAAUAUCAACCACGGGGGUGGGGGAUACUUCCAUAGUAAAGGUACCUGGGGGGAUGUGCCUCGAACAAGGGUAUGCUUUUUUCGGGUUUAUACCUAGCCAAGGGUACAUUUUUUUGGAAUUUGGGUUCAACCAAGGGUAUCAUCUUUGACAACCUUGGUCUAUAGAACGUCAUUUGAAAGUAGGAAUUUCAUCAUGGCAACCCAUUUAGCUUGAUUAUAAACUAGGAAAUGAAACAAACCGACCUUUGAGUUCAAGCCAACAAUUUAGAGAUACCUGCCAACUCGAAUAAUUUUGA